AUGAGAGAAGAAGCAAGAGGUGUGAAAAUGACUUUCGUGAGAGAGAGAAGGCACCAACAACCACUAAGGCUAUCCCUACCACCAACCAUACCUGCAGCUGACUUCCGGCAUCAGAUCCAUUUGCCGUCAUUUUCAUUGACCAUUAGUCCAGAUUCUCCAAACAUAGAGAAGCUCUCAGACCUGGAAAAACUGGCGGUUCUUGGCCAUGGCAAUAGUGGCACGGUCUAUAAAGUACGGCACAAACGCAGCUCCUCCAUAUUUGCAUUGAAAACCCUCCGUUUCGACCGAAACUCCACCAUAAUUCGACAACAAGCAGGAAGGGAGGCAGAGAUCCUUAGACGCGUGGAUUCACCUUACGUUGUCCAGUGCCAUGCUGUUUUUGAUAGUGAGGAUGACUUGUACUUUGCAAUGGAGCACAUGGAAAGAGGAUCACUGCAUGAUGUUCUGCUUUGUUUUGAAAAAAAAAUGGAAACCCUUCGAGCCAGUGGCAGUGAUGAUGUGAACCAGGAGGAAAUGCGUGCGUGCCAUGAAGAUGAUGCUGGUUUUGCACAAGAGCUGAGUUCUAAAUAUGGAGUUUCAGAUUUAUUGAUAAAAGGUUUUCCAAAGGAUUUUUCUUUCACAAAAUUAAUAAUAAAGCUGAGGCUAGUAACAGACUAG